GCUUGGCCGGCCUCCCUCCUCCGCCCCCUCCCUCCCCCUCGCGGCCUCUCCACCGGUUCCUGGUUAAAAUGGCGUCCCCGGUGGCCAUCGCGGCGCUGGUCGGGAAGGUUCUGCGAGAGCGAGCGCUGCGGCCGCCGCUCUUGGCGGUCAGGUCCCAGGCAGGUCACUUAACCCCCAGAAGAUGGCUGAACCUGCAGGAGUACCAGAGCAAGAAGCUCAUGUCAGAGCAUGGGGUGAGAGUGCAGAGGUUCUUUGUGGCCAGCACUGCCAAGGAGGCUCUGGAGGCAGCAAGGAGGCUGAAUGCAAAAGAAAUUGUUUUAAAAGCCCAGAUCUUAGCUGGAGGACGAGGAAAAGGUGUCUUCAAUAGCGGUUUGAAAGGAGGUGUUCAUUUAACAAAAGACCCUAAAGAAGUGGGACAACUGGCUCAACAGAUGAUUGGCUAUAAUCUCGCAACAAAACAAACUCCAAAAGAAGGUGUGAAGGUUAACAAGGUGAUGGUUGCUGAAGCCCUGGAUAUCUCCAGAGAAACUUACUUGGCCAUUCUGAUGGACCGCUCCCACAAUGGCCCCGUGAUCGUGGGCAGUCCCCAGGGGGGCGUUGAUAUCGAAGAAGUGGCGGCUUCCAAUCCAGAACUCAUCUUUAAGGAGCAGAUUGACAUCUUUGAAGGGAUAAAGGAUAGCCAGGCCCAGCGCAUGGCCGAAAAUCUGGGCUUUGCCGGGCCUUUGAAAAACCAGGCUGCAGAUCAGAUUAAAAAGCUGUACCAUCUCUUCCUGAAGAUUGACGCCACUCAGGUGGAAGUGAACCCCUUUGGUGAAACUCCGGAAGGACAAGUUGUCUGUUUUGAUGCCAAGAUAAACUUUGAUGACAAUGCUGAAUUCCGACAAAAGGACAUAUUUGCUAUGGAUGACAAAUCAGAGAAUGAGCCCAUCGAAAACGAAGCUGCCAGAUAUGAUCUCAAGUACAUAGGGCUAGACGGGAACAUCGCCUGCUUCGUGAAUGGUGCUGGAUUGGCCAUGGCUACUUGUGACAUCAUUUUCCUGAAUGGAGGGAAGCCAGCUAACUUCCUGGACCUCGGUGGUGGUGUAAAGGAAGCCCAAGUUUACCAAGCAUUCAAACUGCUCACAGCUGAUCCCAAGGUGGAAGCCAUUCUCGUCAAUAUCUUUGGUGGGAUCGUCAACUGUGCCAUCAUCGCCAAUGGAAUCACCAAAGCGUGCAGGGAGCUAGAACUCAAGGUGCCACUGGUAGUCCGGCUCGAAGGAACUAAUGUCCAGGAAGCUCAGAACAUCCUCAAAAGCAGCGGACUCCCUAUUACAUCAGCCGUGGACCUGGAGGAUGCCGCCAAGAAAGCUGUUGCCAGUGUGACAAAGAAGUGAUGCCUUCCCGUGUUCCCACAAAGAAGGGUCCUUCCUCCGUCACUGUGAAAGCAGCUGUGAUCUCACUGGGAAGGGGACACACAAGGAUCAUUAACUGAAAAAUCUGAAUUCUGAACUUUCUCAAAUAUGCUAUCCAGAGUGCCUACAGCUGAUUUUACAAUAUAGUCAUUGUAAAAAAAAAAGUUUAAAAAUCACACC